AUGGUUUCAGUCUGGUUUCGUAGCCAGGCCCUUCUACACAUUCUCGUGUUGUGUCUGUGAAAUCGUUUUUCCAAGUGCUCUGAAAUUUCAAUAGCGUCCAGUGUUAUAAAUUUGACUCAGUAUAAAGGAUAAUUUGCAAAUACACGCAACCAUGCUGACGACCCAGCAGACCGAAUUCAAGAUGAUGGACAACGGCACCGAAACGCUCACCGAUUCUCGUUCGAGUUCCAGUGCGGAUCUGAAAACGCUCUCGGAGAUGGAUCUUCGCAAGCCCCUCACGGAGAUCGUUGACUUGCGCCUGAAGCAUCCACUGGAGAAUACCUGGACACUUUGGUACCUGGAGAAUGAUCGCAGCAAGAACUGGGAGGACAUGCAGAACGAGAUCACCAGCUUCGACAUGGUCGAGGACUUCUGGAGUCUCUACAAUCACAUCAAGCCGCCAUCUGAGAUUAGGGUGGGCAGCGAUUACUCUUUGUUUAAGAAGGGCAUACAGCCCAUGUGGGAGGAUGAUGCGAACAAGUUCGGCGGCCGUUGGGUCAUCAAUAUGGGGCGCGGCUCCAAAGUGGAGCUGGACAAGCUCUGGCUAGAUGUGCUACUCAUUCUGAUUGGCGAGGCCUUUGAUCACACUGAAGAAGUCUGCGGCGCUGUUAUCAACUUGCGCGGCAAGAGCAACAAAAUUUCAAUUUGGACCGCCAACGGGCACAACGAGCUGGCCGUCAUGGAGAUUGGACUCAAGUUACGCGACCUGCUCGUCCUGCCGCCCCACCAACUGCAGUACCAGCUGCACAAGGACUCUAUGUCCAAGCAGGGAUCGGUGGUCAAAGCGGUUUAUUGCGUGUAAGCCGCCGCCCCGGAUGCCACCCGCCACUCCAAACCAGCCGACCAAUCAUCUCUCGACCAACCAACCAACCACCCAUAUAUUUCCGUGGCCGCUUACGCCGGUUGCUGUUUCCAGCGCGUGUAUCCAAAAAAAAAAAUAGAAAAAAAACAAUAUUGUCUUGACACAGAACUGGUUUUAUGAAUUUGACCAUGUUAAAAAUUGCAAAGAAAGCUGUAAAUACAUAGUGUUCUGAAUACAUAGCC